GCCGGGCCCUAUAUCCGGUGUCCGCCCGCCCUCCAUCCCGCUGCCUCCGCGAUGCUGUCCCGGUCCCGCUGCGUGUCCCGGGCGUUCAGCCGCUCGCUUUCCGCCUUCCAGAAGGGGAACUGCCCUCUAGGGAGACGUUCCCUGCCUGGGGUCUCCUUAUGUCAGGGACCAGGUUACCCUGACAGCAGGAAGAUGGUCAUUAACAGUGGUAGCGUCUUCAGUAUUCGCUUCUUCCAAACCACGGCUGUGUGCAAGAAUGAUGUGAUUACAGUCCAAACCCCAGCGUUUGCAGAAUCUGUCACAGAGGGAGAUGUCAGGUGGGAAAAAGCUGUUGGAGAUGCAGUUGCAGAAGAUGAAGUGGUGUGUGAGAUUGAGACAGACAAGACUUCAGUGCAGGUUCCAUCACCAGCAAAUGGCAUCAUUGAAGCUCUUUUGGUACCCGAUGGGGGCAAAGUUGAAGGAGGAACUCCUCUGUUCACACUCAGGAAAACCGGUGCUGCUCCUGCUAAGGCCAAACCAGCUGAAGCUCCUGCUCCACCCCACAAAGCAGAGCCUGAAGCACCAGCGGUCCCUCCUGCCCCUGCAGCACCUGUGCCCACUCAGAUGCCACCAGUGCCCUCACCCUCACAACCUCCUUCUAGCAAACCAGUGUCUGCAAUAAAACCCUCUGCUGCCCCUCCACUGGCUGAGGCAGGAGCUGCUAAAGGUCUGCGUUCAGAACAUCGGGAAAAAAUGAACAGGAUGCGGCAGCGCAUUGCCCAGCGUCUGAAGGAAGCCCAGAACACAUGCGCAAUGUUGACGACUUUCAAUGAGGUUGACAUGAGUAACAUACAAGAGAUGAGAGCUCGGCACAAAGAUGCUUUCCUGAAGAAACACAGCCUCAAAUUAGGCUUCAUGUCAGCGUUUGUGAAGGCCUCGGCAUUCGCCUUGCAGGAGCAGCCUGUUGUAAAUGCAGUGAUUGAUGAUGCAACCAAGGAAGUGGUGUAUAGAGAUUAUAUUGACAUCAGUGUUGCAGUUGCUACCCCAAGGGGUCUCGUGGUUCCUGUCAUCAGGAAUGUGGAAACUAUGAAUUAUGCAGAUAUUGAACGGACCAUUAAUGAACUAGGAGAGAAGGCCCGAAAGAACGAGCUUGCCAUUGAGGACAUGGACGGCGGCACUUUCACCAUCAGCAACGGAGGGGUUUUUGGCUCCCUUUUUGGAACGCCCAUUAUCAACCCCCCUCAGUCUGCCAUUCUGGGCAUGCACGGCAUCUUUGACAGGCCUGUGGCUGUGGGAGGCAAGGUGGAAAUCCGACCUAUGAUGUAUGUAGCCCUGACCUAUGACCACCGGCUGAUCGAUGGCAGAGAGGCCGUGACUUUCCUCCGAAAAAUCAAGGCAGCAGUAGAAGACCCAAGAGUCCUUCUCCUGGACCUUUAGGAGGAAGCUACACACCCUACCUAUUGAUCAUGCAGGAACUGAAAACCAGUCUUCUCCCUGUCCCUCAUCAAUCCCAGGUUAGCCUGAUGACAGGCAGGCACACACUGUUGGCCUCAGCGAGGAAGCCAGGGCGCCAGCUUUCAGGGUCUUCUCUAGUGCUCCUUCUAGGCUCCUCCUCUCUCUAGUGCUCCUUCUAGGUUCCUCCUCUCUCUGUGUAACUUUUACCCUCUGCUGUCUUGGGCCUGAGAGACGAGAGAGAGAGAGAGAGAGAGAGAGAGAGAGAGAGAGAGAGAGCCUUAAUGGAUGCUCAUUAAUAUUCCUGCCUUUAUUCCAGUCCACUACAAAGGCAAUUUUACUUCUCCCCAGUAACAGUAUACUAUAGGGAUACCACCAGGGACCAUGUGAUCUGAGUUUCUAUCUUUGGAAAGUGUUCUCCAGAAACGCCUAGGGGGAUGCUUUGCCUCCGAGGCUCAGAGCAGCCUCUGUCCCAGCUGUGCACUCUCACUCGAUGCCACCUAUGUGGAGGUAUUGACCAUGGGCAGAGGUGUUGCUUUGCUUCUUAAUGCACCAUCAUUCUGACCUGUCAGUGGCUCCAAGGUGCUUCUCUACCUCUUCCAGGAAGCACAGGCUGGGGGAUUUGGGGAUAGGCAGAGUUGUGCAGCGACCCCCGAGGUUACCUGUUCGAAUCACAGAUGGGAGCUGAACCCUGGCUUGCCCUCACAGGCUCCAUUGUAUGCUGGCACUGGAAGAUUCAUUUUGGCAUAAUUACGUACAAAUGCCAUCAUACCGAUCCUUUCCAGCUUCUAGGAAUCAUUCUAGGACACUGUCCUCUCUUAAAGCAGAUUUCAGCACAUCAUGGCAGGGGACAGCCUGGUGAAGGGACUGUUCUCACCACAUCAGGCUAAUGAGAGCUUUUAAAGUCAAGGUGGUUCAAGCAUGUGUUGGGAAGAGGCUGAUCUCUCCCUUCCUGGGAUGCGGCCUGUGGGGAGCAAGGUCUUGGCGCCUCUGGUGCAGGACACAGAUACAGGGGAGGAUGGACUGUGGUGGGAACCAGCCUCAGGAGGUAGGACAGUGCGGAGAUGAUGAUGUCAUCUCUAAGAUCACCCUUCUGUGCAGCUACAGUUGUUGGAAGAUUCUCGAAGCAUGGUAAAAUGCAGUUAAUUUUACGAACGCUCCUCGACCUUGUAUCCUGCACUGAGCCUGAGACUGCUGACAGUUGGCCGGGCGUAGCGCUGAGUGCCCUUUAUCUUGUAAUCCAAGCCGAGUGGGGGGAGGGGAAAGGUCAGUGUUGAGUGCCUGCAGCAUCUGCUACCGCAUCUACAUCUACGUCGUUCAGAACUUGUAACUAAAAUAUUUAAAGAGACUGAUUUUGAGUGAAAAUUAAAGGGCAAAUGUUCUCAAA